GAGCCGGGGCCGGGGCCUGGGCAGCGGCAGGGUGCGGGCGCCUCGCGCGGCGUCCGCGGGCUCCGGGGUGGGGGCGAGGGGGCGGCGGCGGAGCCCCCUCCCCGGGGAGGCGGGAUCGGAGGCAGCUCCCCAGUGGGGCAGCGGUGGCGGCCGGGCAGGAUGCAUCAGAAGCUGCUGAAGAGCGCGCAUUACAUUGAGCUGGGCAGCUACCAGUACUGGCCGGUGCUGGUGCCCCGCGGCAUCCGCCUCUACACCUACGAGCAGAUCCCCAUGUCCCUCAAGGACAACCCGUACAUCACCGACGGCUACCGGGCCUACCUGCCGUCCCGGCUGUGCAUCAAAAGCUUAUUUAUUUUAUCAAAUGAAACAGUAAACAUCUGGAGUCAUUUGCUGGGUUUCUUUCUCUUCUUCACCUUGGGAAUAUAUGACAUGACAUCUGUGUUACCUUCAGCAAGUGCAUCAAGAGAAGACUUUGUAAUUUGUUCUAUUUGUCUUUUCUGCUUCCAGGUCUGCAUGCUUUGCUCUGUGGGCUAUCAUCUUUUUUCCUGCCAUCGAUCAGAAAAAACCUGUCGAAGAUGGAUGGCACUAGAUUAUGCAGGGAUUUCUAUUGGAAUAUUGGGUUGCUAUGUUUCGGGAGUAUUUUAUGCAUUUUAUUGUAAUAAUUAUUGGCGGCAGGUGUACUUGAUCACAGUGCUUGCUAUGAUCCUGGCAGUGUUCUUCGCACAGAUCCAUCCCAAUUACCUCACUCAGCAAUGGCAGAGGCUUCGUUCUGUCAUCUUUUGUUCUGUUUCUGGAUAUGGAGUGAUCCCUACUCUUCACUGGGUGUGGCUCAAUGGAGGAAUUGGUGCUCCUAUUGUACAGGACUUUGCACCCCGUGUAGUUGUGAUGUAUGUUAUUGCUCUUCUUGCUUUCCUGUUCUACAUUUCUAAAGUUCCAGAAAGGUACUUUCCAGGACAACUAAACUACCUCGGAUCAAGCCACCAAAUAUGGCAUAUCCUUGCAGUAGUGAUGUUAUACUGGUGGCAUCAGUCCACAGUGUAUGUUAUGCAGUACAGACACAGCAAGCCUUGUCCUGACUCUGUUUCACAUUAGUGAAUUCAGGAUGUGUUCAGUUGUUAAGCAAUAUAUACAUAUUGGGGAGUUGUAUACCCCACUGUUUCUAAGAUUCCCAUUUGUCUUUCUUUUUUCUUCUUGUUAUAUCAAAGAGUACUUUAUAAAAAUGGAGAAUUAUACUUGGGGACCUGUAAUAGUAUCUACUUUAUGGGCCCUUAAAAUUACUAAUUUGCUGCUUGUGCAGAAAGUGAUCAUUAGUAGUCGGCAUUCAUAAGAAACAACUGAGUUAACAGCAGUGAAUGUGAAAGCAGUGUAGAUAUAAGACUUGUUUUACUUAACACCAGCUUAAUUUCCUUAGGGAAGGGCUCACCUCCAUUAUAUAGUGGAGACCUUUGUGUGACUACUUUAAUAGAAGAUAUUACAAUAGAUGAUCAAGUUCAAGUGCCUAAUCAAGGCGAGGGUUGCUACAGCCUGUGCUUAACACAAGCUAGGAUAGUGAUUUUGAAUAAUCACUAGCCUUUAAAUACACUAUGAGAACCCGGCACUUAAGUUAUUUUUUCCUUUAGCUGCAGGUUCUCUUUUUCCUAUGAGCACUGGCCUUUUUUUUAGUUGACUUGAACAAAAAUUUUAAAUGUCUUCUUUUAUGUUGAGAGAGUUGUUAAGAGGGAAAGAACACUGUUAUCUCCCAUCAAAAUAUAAUUAGAAAUCAAUUACAUGAUCAAGCAAAAUUAUAAUUAGCUCUUUUUAAUUUCACAUAAUUGAAUUCUUGCCACUGGAUUGUAGAUUUUUGGUUCUAACAUUCCUUUAGUACUAGUUUUCAAUACAGAUUUACAGUCCUAAAUUUCCUAAUGAGGUUCCCAUCUAUUUGGGUGCUACUUUCAAAGCCACAGAAUUCAAAUGGCCCCGUUUGACUCUGAAGUGAACCUUAAGCCUCAGAACACAGUUGUGCAAAUGCCCCACAUGGUGGCAUGCCUGGUCACUUGUGUUGUGGGUCUGUUUACAAAUGGCCUAGCAUUUUGUUGGUAGUUGACAGUAUUGGUGUGUAUUCUGUAAUAUUUGGGCUUGAAAUUUUAAACUUGCUUUUUAUAUUAUAUGCUCAAAAAGUCUGUCAGCACCUUAUCAUACAACAUGGAUUCUUUGCUCUUUACAUAUGCAUAAAUUAAGUCCUUUACAGGGCCAGUGGAUAGAUAGCUCACCUGGUAGUGCACAUACCUUGCCGUGCAAGAGCCCCAGCACAGCACAUGCCACAUAAUUUUAAGGGAAAUUUCAAAGCUGUGGUGUAUCUCUUUUUCGACCUGAAGUGUAUAAAAAAAAAAAAAAAAAAAGAAGUCAGUUCUGAAGCAGUAAUAUCUUAUAUGCAUGAGAUCCUAGCCUGCCACCCAAAAAUAUAAAAUUAAAACCUUUGAAUCUACAUUCAUAAAAACAUUAUUACCCAGGUUACUUAAUGGGUUGACUUGGAGCUGCUCUAAACACCAAUAUGAUUUUAGAACAUUGGAAUUUCAUAAUUCAAAGGUGAUAAUGGUGAAGCUUAUCCCCAAAGUGACAUUUGUACAUCUGCUACUUGGAAUGUUACUUUAAUGUGCCUCAGUUUAUACAUCUGUAAAGUUUUGUAUUUAUUUUCAAAGUAAUGCUUUUAGAAUAUAAACUCCCCAGUGUGGUGUCAAGAAUUUGACCCCAGUAGACUAAGCACUGUGUUGUACCCAUUAAUAUGGUGAAACAAUACUUGGAAAAUGGCUGUUUUAUUUAAUGUACUAAGUGACAGAAGAUUUUGAUGUAAUGAUACUAAGAUUUUUUUUAAAAAUCAGACUUGUAUGACAGUGUUGCUUCCUAAAAAUUUUUUGACAUUGCUAUUAAGUAGCUAUUUUUGCCACAAACAAAAUUGCAGUGCAGUAUAAUGAACAAGUCUGGUGAAGUCUAGCAUCAUCUUUAUGAUAAACAUCUCAGAAUUAGAAAGUAUUGAAUGUUCAUUUUUUUCCUGUUUCCUGCCUUAGUGAUGAAUCAUUUCAUACUUGCCAUCUCAACUAGCAAAGUACAUUUUAAAAUUAAAAAGCAUACUGAUCUGACCACCAUACGGAGCAUAUCGCCAUAUAAAUGUUUCAGGUUUUUAUGAAAACUUUAAAUAUUGUAAGAAAGCUCUCCUGUCACUAUUAUGUUUAUUGCGGUGUAUUAUAAAAUAGGAAAUGAAUGUGGACUGUCAAACAUUUCUGUACAUUAACGUGUACUGACCACCUACUGUGUGCAUCACUACUGGCAAAAUUUUAAGACAUUGUCAACAUUAAAGCCUAACAACUAUUUUAAAAUCACCAAUAAAUCUGAGCCCUGAAAUAAUGUAUAAGUUAUUUUUGUUUUAUAAACUUAUUAAAAUAAGGUUAAAUGUACACUACUGAGCUACAGUACUAGUCUUAAUUUUACUGGUAUGUAAACUAUAGAAACUCUUUAUGAAUGCAUUUUUAAACUAUCCAUGUCUGUUUUAAAUUGUCUAUAUUAGGCCACAGUUAAUUCAUUUAAGAGAAAAUUAUCUAUAGCCAUUUUCAAAUACAAGAUAAUGGUUGUCUUUUUUGUUAGCACACUGAGUACCACUCAGUAAGCUGCAUGGCAAAAUAUUGUGUAAAUAAACUGGGUUUACUAU